UCAGCCAGUCAAUGAUUGUCGAUUGCAUGACCACCGAUUCAAAGUUCACCAGAGAAACACCUGCAGAGAAGAUGAUUAAAGCAUCAUGUUUCUGAAAGCAUUGUCCUGUAGAGUUUUGGGCUGGUUUCCCAGGAAGCCUCUCUGCUCUCGAUAUGCGGCUCAAGGUCAGAGCUCCGAGCGGGGCUACUACAACACCGGGAAACCCGUGAGUCCCCGGCCGGUCGGGGCUCCACGCGUCCAGGUGGUGGACCUCCGCAGCGACACCGUGACCAAACCUGGAGCGGCGAUGCGGCAGGCGAUGGCUGAGGCCGAGGUCGGAGACGAUGUGAUGGGGGAGGAUCCGACAGUGAACGAGCUUCAGAAAAUGGCAGCAGAAAUGUUUGGGAUGGAGGCCUCCCUGUUCGUCCCAUCUGGAACUAUGAGUAAUCUCAUUGCAGUGAUGGUGCACUGCAGGGAGCGCGGUGAUGAGAUGAUUGUAGGCGAUCUGUCCCACUUGCACAUCUACGAGCAAGGAGGGAGCGCUCAGCUGGCUGGUGUCCACGCCACCACUGUGACCACUCGCCAUGAUGGGACAUUUGACUUGAUGCAGCUGGAAUCAAAGAUCCGCCAUGGUUACCCAGACCCCCACUACCCUCGCACACGUCUCAUAUGUGUGGAAAACACACACAACAUCCAGGGAGGACGAGUGCUGCCACUUUCCUUCCUGCAGGAGGUUCGAGCUUUAGCAGAGCGUUAUGGAUUGGCAGUUCACAUGGAUGGAGCGAGGGUGAUGAACGCCGCCGUGGCUCUUGGCGUGCCGCCGUCCUCCAUCCUGCAGCACACGCACACAGUCAGUGUCUGCCUCUCCAAGGGUUUGGGCUCUCCUGUGGGUACCCUGCUUGCCGGACCUCAAGACUUCAUAUCCAGAGCGGUUCGUUGCCGUAAAGCAUUAGGCGGGGGAAUGCGGCAGGCUGGCGUUCUGGCAGCAGCUGGAAAGCUGUCUUUGCAGGAGAUGAUAGGACGGCUUGAGGAAGAUCAUCAAAAUGCCAAAACAUUUGCUCUAGCUCUGCUAGACUGCCAGCCCCAGCUGUUUUCUGUGGAUAUGUCUGCGGUGGAGACAAACAUCCUGCGUUUCCAUAUUAAGAAUUCUGCUUUGACUACCCAGGAGUUCUGUGCCCGCAUGGGUCAGGUCGGGGAUGGAGAAGAGGCUGCCCUUGGGCAGGGUGUACAGGUUCUCAUGUACCCUCAUUAUGAGAACUCCAUCAGGGCUGUGUGGCAUCUUGGAAUAUCCUCUGAAGACACCCAGCUGGCUAUAAAGAAAAUGCAGUUUGUGGCUUCUCAAUGCCUGAAUAAACAAGUUAAGGCCCAAUAGAACUUGACUUUUUUGUUGUUUUGGACUUUCUCACUUAAAACAUAUUAAAACUACUUUUUACCCACUUUUAACAGCAAAUAUGGCAAAGCCGCUCUCUGCCAUUGAACACAGGAGGAGCAGAAGCAUCACAUGAAUCUGGACACACUUUACUGGACCUUAAUGUGUACAAGCAUCAUAAAUGAAGCAGCAGACGCUUUUUUGUUGCUUCCAUCUCGUGCUGUCUGAACGUAGCAUAAAAAAAUUUAAAGACUGAUCUUGGCGAGACCCACAUAAGUCUAACGAAUAUAAGCAGAAGGUCCUUGGAUGCCAUCAGUUAAAUUUACAUUCACGCUUUCUUUGUUUUUAUUAUAAGUUAAGCAAUCAUUGUAAUUAUUUUGCACAUAAAAUAAUUGCUAAAAUCACUA